AUGUCGGCAUUGCCUCUGGAGCCCACCUGUGCCCUCGAGCCUCCUCUUUUCUUUAGCCACCCUUUGGCAUCUACCGUGUGCCCACCACGACAAGAGGUCACGGUAGUUUCCUUCUUUGAAGACAUGCGCACUUGUGGUUCAAUGAAUGAACUGGGAGGAGGGGGGGAGGUCCAGUACAAUCGUGUCCGUCUUCCCCGAUCCGCCUCUCCGGCGCGCCAACUUCCUCGUAGCUGCCAGUCCCCCGCCUUCUCCGCGCGCACCACCCAAAAUUCUCCCGACCCAACAACCUCCAACGCUCUCGACCGCCCCCUCUUCCUCUUCCUCCUCCCAGCCUCCCGAUCGCUCCAGUGCGCCAUGAGCGAGGCACCCGCGACGACCGCCGCCGCCGGAGACGACCCUGACGCCACCGCCACCGCCAAUCAGCAGCAGCAGCAGCAGGCGCAGGCGCAGGCGCAGCCCGAGACGCAGGACGACGCGGACCAGCUGUCGGAGUUGCGGCAGAUCUUCCGGUCCUUCGACCGCAACAAGGACGGCAGCCUGACGCAGCUGGAGCUGGGCUCCCUCCUCCGCUCCCUCGGCCUCAAGCCCAGCACCGACGAGCUCGACGCCCUCAUCCACCGCGCCGACACCAACUCCAACGGCCUCGUCGAGUUCUCCGAGUUCGUCGCCCUCGUCUCCCCCGAACUCCUCGACGACCGUUCCCCCUACUCCGAGGACCAGCUCCGCAGGCUCUUCGAGAUCUUCGACCGCGACGGCAACGGCUUCAUCACCGCCGCCGAGCUCGCGCACUCCAUGGCCAAGCUCGGCCACGCGCUCACCGCCAAGGAGCUCACCGGAAUGAUCGAGGAGGCCGACACUGACGGCGACGGCCGGAUCAACUUCCGUGAGUUCUCCCGCGCCAUCACCGCCGCCGCCUUCGACAACGUCUUCUCCUGA